AUCCACCUUUCCUUUCCUUAGAAUUUAGCAGCUUCUUUGCUUCUCUGUUUUUAAUAUUAUAGAUUUGAAUUUUAUCUUCCACUGCAAGAACCCACCUAAAGUUUGGAAUCUUUAAUUAGUUUUGGCCAUUAAUGAGCUCAAAUCAACCUUGGAUUUUAAUAUUCUGAGUUUCCCUUUGGCCCAAAUCUUCUCCGCUUGUUGUGAUGUUCACGUUCUAUAUGAACACCCUCUAUUACUAAGGGAACUUCCUCUCUUAAAUUUUUCCUGAAUGUGGUUUAAUGGUUGCACAAGCAAGUUCUGCUGGAUCUCCAUGUUCUGAAAAAUGUCUCAACACAAGGACAUCUCUGUAUAUUUCAUGGUCCAUUGGAGCGUUUGAGUUUCACUUCUCUCCCAAUAUUCUUUUUAUCAUUUUUUUUCAAAGCUGUUCUCCAAGUCUUUAGGUUCCUUAAGUUUCACUUGCUUUUGUGGAAGUUUUAAUGUUAACAUCUCUGUGAUGUCCUACUGUUUUCCUGUCUUCCCAUUUUUGCUUCUCCUUAAUCAUGCGCAACUUUUCAUUCUUUUCACUUCUGGAAAUCAUUGAAAAAAUAUAUAUAUAUUCAUGAUUUAUCAUAAGUUCUUUUAAGAAAGUUCAUUUCUUGCUUCUAUUCUAGCCAUUCUUUUGUGGGUAAUCUAUCUUCAUUUCUUCUUUCCCUCUGAUAAUCAGAAAAUAAUCCUGUCUAGUAUACCAGAGCGUCAAAUAUAUAGUAACUGCAGAAUCAGAGAAGUACAAGUGACAAAUUAAUGAGUUUUAUAACAGGAUCCUCCCAGAAUACUUGGCAUCCAGCCAUGACUGCUAAUACAGCUACAGCCAGGUACUGGCUAAAUUGGAGGUUCUUCCUUUGCACCAUUUGGGUCUUAAUCUCAAUAUCUAUUGCAUCAAUUCUUAUAUGGAAAAAUGAAAACUUUCACAAAGCCAAACGGGAAAAUGGAGAAAACAAGCAAGAAACAGGAGCAGAUUUGCAGGAUGAAGAAACCUGGAGGCCAUGCCUAAAAGGAAUCCAUCCAGCCUGGCUGCUAGUUUUCAGAGUUUUUGCUUUCUUUGUGCUUUUGGUUCUGCUGAUUGUUGUUGUUUUAGUGGAUGGAGGCAGCAUAUUUUACUACUAUACUCAGUGGACAUUUACUCUGGUCACCAUUUAUUUUGGGCUUGGAUCGUUUCUGUCCAUGCGCGGAUGUUACCUAUAUCACAAAAGAGCUGGUGGAGAUAAAGUUGAUAAUGUAGAGGUAGAUUCAGAGCAAGGAAACUGUGCAACUCCUGCACCUGGAGAAAGCUCCAAUGCUUCCAUAGAAAAGAGAAGCCCAAACUCUAGUGAACAAGUUGACGAGUGUCAACCUGCAGGGAAAUGGGCUUUUUUCUUUCAAAUAGUUUUCCAGAUGAAUGCAGGAGCUGUUAUGCUCACAGAUUGCGUGUUUUGGUUUGUAAUCGUUCCAUUCCUCGCAAUCAAGGAUUACCAUCUAACUGCUUUGGUUGUAAGUAUGCAUUCCAUGAAUGCUAUUUUCUUACUAGGUGAUACUGCAUUAAAUUGCAUGCGAUUUCCUUGGUUUCGGAUUGCUUAUUUCUACAUAUGGACAAUAACAUAUCUUCUGUUCCAGUGGAUUGUCCAUGCUUGUGUCAGACUUUGGUGGCCAUAUCCAUUCCUUGACUUGUCAUCUCCUUAUGCUCCUCUAUGGUACUUCUCUGUGGGAGUUAUGCAUGUACCAUGCUAUGGGAUUUUUGCUUUUAUCAUAAAGCUGAAACACACACUAUUCUCGAGAUGGUUCCCUGAUUCUUAUCAAUGUCCAAGGUAGCUGAAGUUCAAGAACCUAGCCAGCUAAACCAGUUUUAAAUACCUUGAAGAAAAUGUGAAUUAUCAGCAUAUAUAUAUAUAUAGUUAAGUAGCAGAAAUAGAAUAGAGGAGAACAAAAGACCAGAGGUAACUUGUGAGAUUAAUGACAUCCUUUGUCAUCAGAAAAAGUUGUAGGAAAAUCAUUUGAAUCAGCAAGUUUUGGAAUAUACAGCAAAUGGUCUAACAAGAAGGCAACAAUUAUAUAUGGCCAUUGUUAGAGUAGCAUGAUUGUAACUAUUUAUAGAUACUGAAAAGAAUUCGAAAUUCUAAUUUACUUAUAUUCGACUCUUUUUCUAGUUUUAAACUUU